AUGAUGGAAAAGAAAUGUAGGGAAUUGAAUUGCCAAACACUAGAACUUCAGGUUUACUUGAAUGAUCUUCCUGGAAACGAUUUCAAUACCCUCUUCAAAGGCCUGUCAUCUAAGGUUGUUGGUAACAAAUGUGAGGAAGUUUCUUGUUAUGUGAUUGGAGUACCGGGGUCUUUCCAUGGCCAACUUUUUCCUCGUAACAGCUUGCAUUUAGUUCAUUCUUGUUACAGUGUUCAUUGGCUUACUCAGGCACCAAAAGAACUCACAAGUAGAGAAGGCUUGGCAUUAAACAAGGGGAAGAUUUACAUAUCAAAGACAAGCCCUCCUGUUGUAAGAGAAGCCUACUUAUCUCAAUUUCAAGAAGAUUUCACAAUGUUUCUCAACGCUAGAUCCCAAGAGGUGGUUCCAAAUGGUUGUAUGGUGUUGUUACUUCGUGGUAGGCUAUCUUCUGAUCCUUCAGACAUGGAGAGCUGCUUUACUUGGGACUAUUAGCCAU